ACCCGUCCACCUCCACCGGAGCAGCAGUGACUGGCAAGACUAGUUGCGAGAGUGUGACUGUAUUGCCAGGAAAUUUGCCGAUUUUUUUUUUUUUUUUUUUUGGUAUUUUGUUUCGGCACAAGUCAACUCCUACUUUAUUUAUCUGUAUCAAACCAAACGACGACAUCCAGUUUAUUCCUUAUCUCAGUUCAGAAGGACUGUUUUUCCCAGGGUAUUUUGGAGAAGUAUCGCGGCAUUGUUUGUGCCACGAACGCCAGCUUGUAUUAACUUUCGCACAGUGUGGAAGUCGCGCUCAGUGGCUUUUGAUUCCCGCGAGCUCGUUUCUAAUCAGCGGCGCGCUUUGAAGUCGAACUCGCCGAUACAUUGUAGCGAUUUUUAGAAUUUUGCGAAAAUGGCCGCAACUACGUUCGAAAUGGACGGAAGCGUAAUGGAAGGGGGGGGGCAGAUUUUACGAGUGUCUGUGGCGCUGGGUUGCAUUCAAGGAGCGUCAAUCAAACUAAAUAAAAUCCGAGCCGGCAGAAGCACACCGGGAUUAAGGCCUCAGCAUCUGUCAGGUCUCCAGCUGGUGAGGGACAUGUGUGAUGGCAAUCUGGAGGGAGCCACAGUGGGAUCCACGGAAAUUGCACUCACUCCUGGGAAAAUCAGGGGUGGGAAUCACAUCGCGGACACUCAGACGGCCGGAAGUGUGGGACUGCUGAUGCAGAUUUCUCUGCCCUGCGCCCUGUUUGCUCAGGGUCCGUCAGAACUGUGCCUGAAGGGAGGAACCAAUGCUGAGAUGGCGCCUCAGAUCGACUAUACAAUAAAGGUCUUCAAACCAAUUGUGGAGAGAUUCGGGGUUCAGUUUGACUGUGAUUUACGAAUGAGAGGUUACUAUCCUAAAGGGGGUGGAGAGGUGGUGGUCAAGGUAAACCCUGUGAAGGAACUGAGUCCAAUUAACAUGACCGAAAGAGGAAACAUCACCAAGAUCUACGGCAGGGCCUUUGUGGCUGGAGUACUGCCCUUCAAGUUGGCAAAGGACAUGUCCACGGCAGCGGUGCGCACUAUCAGGAAAGAAAUUAAAGACCUGUACAUAAACAUUCAAUCUCUGCAAGAAAAGGACAAGGCCUGUGGCAAUGGCAACGGGAUUAUAAUAAUUGCAGAAUCAUCCAAUGGUUGCAUAUUUGCUGGCUCAUCCCUUGGCAAGAAAGGUGUGUAUGCUGACAAAGUUGGCAUUGAGGCUGCAGAAAUGUUGCUAAGAAACAUCAGGCAUAAUGGUUGUGUGGAUGAGUUCUUGCAAGACCAGCUCAUUAUUUUCAUGGCCUUGGCAAACGGCACAUCCAGAAUCCGGACAGGCCCAAUAACUCUCCACACGCAAACGGCAAUCCAUGUUGCUGAGCGGCUUACUAAUGCAAAAUUUGUUAUACGCAAGGCAGAAGAUGAGCACGGCAACAAAGAUACCUACAUCAUCGAGUGCCAAGGAGUAGGUGCCACCAAUUCUAGCUUGUAAACGCAUGGAUAUGCCCUCCUUGGCUUGUCCCCAGCCAAGAUAAAGCGGCUCGAAUGGAGUCAACUGGAGGACUUGUAGCAGAGACACACUACUACUGUAACUGACGGGAUAACCUAAAGAUAAUGUGACAUUAUCUUUAUGUUCUCCCAUGAUUAAUGAUUAGUUUUUGCACUGACCCUGAGUCAGUCUGCCUUGUCUCUGUUUGUACCCUACGUCAACUGCUCUGUCCCCCUCUAAUACUUUUGUUACUCAGGGUUUUGCUUUACACUGUAAUGACAUCACUUGCAUUAUGGAUAGUUUGGGCUCUUUUUGCAAUAUUCCCACAUCAGGUUUGUGCUGAAUCAGUCAAAUUUGCUUUACGCACCCUAACACAUGCCUUAAAGUUUCAUUAAAUCAAUCUGAAAUUACAAUCAGUUUUACCAAUAACACUAGCUUAACCAAUUUUGCAUGGUAGUAAUGUACAUGUAAAUUUAGUGCACUGUGUGUACACAGAGGGGGAAAAAAAAAAGUUUAAAUUUACGGUUCCAUUUAGCAUUUUCUUUUUUGUAAGUUAUUUAAGUUGUUGUGUUGGUAUGAAACAAAUUUCUGAAAUUUCAUUACCAAUUUAUUUUCUCGCUGUACUUUUUCUUUGUGCACAGAAUGAAAAGUGCUUUAAAGUGAGAGAUCUCUGGUUUCAUUCUUAGUAAUAUUUGUUAUUUAUAAGAUGAAAUUGCAGAUGUUAAUUUGAUUGACAUGAGAUUUAUUUUGUUGACGUUUUUGUUGGCUACUUUAGGUGAGCAUGUCAUUUUGUUAUUUGCAUUAAGAUAUUUGAGAAAAUAAAAUGAGUAAAAUACAUACAAAAUUAUAAA